AUGGCUUCUUCUUUGACUAAUAAUGAGGUGAGUGAACAAGUGGCUAUAGAUUCAAUUCAAGUAGAAGCAAACACAACACAAGAAAGUCAGGAACAUGAACAUGAACAAGAACCAGAAUCAGUUGUUGGGAGAAAGGGGAGAAAAACAUCAAGCAUUUGGAAAGAUUUUGAUGAAGUUGAAAUUAAAAAAGGUGUGAUGAAAGGGGUUUGUAAAUACUGUAAACUCCAAUUUUCUACUGGAGGGCGGGGAUCUAGCACUAGUCAUAUGAAAAUGCAUAUUGAUAAAUUCUUGAAAAAGAAGUUGCACGAGUCUACCGAAAAGAGACAAACAACCAUUCUGUUUCAGCCUUCAAAUUCUGGUAAUCCGUUUAUUACUCCUGGUGCUAGAUACUCUAAUGAAAAGAUGUGGGAAAUAAUUGCAACCGCUAUCAUGGUCCAUGAAUAUCCUUUUAGCAUUGUUGAAGAUGACAUUUGGAUGUGGGGUUUCCAAUAUGUAAACUCAGAUUUUCAUAAGGUUACUCAUAAACCAAUAAGGAGUGACUGUGUGGCAUUAUUUGAGAGGGAGAAGAAAGUGUUGAAAAAAAAUUUAGAAAGUAUGGGAAAGAUAAGUUUAACUACUGAUAUGUGGAAAUCUAGCCACCAGGUAGUUGAGUAUAUGGUUAUCACAGGACAUUUUAUUGAUUCAGAAUGGAAUCUUCAAAAAAGAGUUUUGAGUUUUGUGAAAGUCCUUGCACCAAGGCGUGGAAUUGAUGUGGCUGAUUCUAUUUAUAAAUGUUUGAAAACUUGGGGGAUUGAAAAUAAAGUUUUUUCAGUAUCUGUUGAUAAUGCCUCUUAUAAUGAUUCAUGUUUAAGAUGUCUCAAAGAUGAUUUAUCUCUAACUAGUAAGUUAAUCCUUGAUGGCUCUUUGUUUCAUGUUAGAUGUUGUGCUCAUAUAUUGAAUUUUUUGGUGCAAGAUGGCCUUAGUAAAAUUAAGGACAUCAUUUUUAAUAUUCGUGAAAGUGUCAAAUAUAUUAAUCACAAUGAUGGAAUACUGAAGGCAUUUUGUGAUGUGGUUGAGCAGAAAGCCUUUAAAGAAAGAGAGCCUCAUUAUGACUAUGCCCCUUUGCCUGAAGAAUGGAACAAAGUUGAGAAAGUUAGUAAACUUCUAGAAGUGUUUAAUCGUGCUACUCAUGUUAUUUCAGGUAGUGAGUAUCCGACUGCAAAUUUGUAUUUGUCUGAUGAUUGGAAGGUGAAAGAAAUAGUUGAUAAGGCGGGUGAAGAUGAAGAUCUCUUCACGAGAGAAAUGGCAAGUCCAAUGAAAAUAAAGUUUGACGAAUACUGGGGGGAGUGUAAUAUGUUGAUGGCUAUAGCUAGUGUUUUGGAUCCUAGCUGCAAAUUUCAUAUGGUGCAUAUAUGUUUUCCCAAGAUAUAUAAAUCUAAAGAAGUUGCUGAUGAGAAUAUAAUGAAGGUUAGGUGUUCAUUGGAAGAUUUAUAUGAUGAGUAUGUAGCUCUAUCUUUGGCAGAGUCUUCGUCUUCUGUUGUUAAUUUGGAUACUAAUAAUACAUCAUCUUCUCAAGUAAAUGUCGUAGCUGUCAGAACUGGUUUUGAUGAAAUUGUGAGCAUUAUUCAAGAAAGUGAAGCCAUUUCUCCAAUAAAAUCCAAAUUGCAAGAUUAUCUUGAUGAAGGUAUUUACAUUCCUAAAAGUGCCUUUUUUUGUGCUUUGGACUGGUGGAGGAACAAUAGCAUGAAAUAUAAGAUAUUAUCUAAGAUGGCUGCUGAUAUACUAGCUAUUUCAAUCUCAACUGUGGCUUCUAAGUCCACAUUCAGUGUUGGAGGAAGAGUUAUUGAUGAACACCGCUCUAAGCUAAAUGAAGAAUCUGUUGAAGCUCUCAUUUGCGGUGGGGAUUGGUUUCGUCAUAAGUAUAAUGUGAAGAAAAAAUCAAAGAUGGCUGCUAAUUACAAACCUGUGAAAGUGGAUCGUGCUAAGGACAAAUCUGACGUGAAAAUGGAUACUGCUAACUUGAAGUUGGAUGCAAAAUUUCAGAUAGCUGCUAAUGACAAACCUGUGAAGGUGGAUUCUGCUAAAGACAAAUCUGACGUGAAAAUGGAUUAUGCUAACUUGAAUUCAGAUGCAAAAUUUCAGAUGGCUGCUAAUGACAAACCAGUGAAAACGGCCGCAAAUGACAAACCUGUGAAAGUGGAUCCUGCUAAGGACAAAUCUGACGUGAAAAUGGAUCCUGCUAACUUGAAUUUGGAUGCAAGUAUGGCUCCUAAUGACAAACCUGUGAAGGUGGAUCCUGCUAAGGACAAAUCUGACGUGAAAAUGGAUCCUGCUAACUUGAAGUUGGAUGCAAAAUUUCAGAUAGCUGCUAAUGACAAACCUGUGAAGGUGGAUCCUGCUAAAGACAAAUCUGACGUGAAAAUGGAUCCUGCUAACUUGAAUUCGGAUGCAAGUGUUGUGCCUAUCAACUGA